AACUGCUAUGCCGCUUUCAGGCAUUGUUUGGGACAUGCCCGUGGGGCCUAAAGGGGCUUUGUUCGGAAACCUGCGCAGUUGAGUGUUCCACUGCAAGUUUCGAAGAUGCCGCCCAAAGGAAAAAGUGGCUCUGGAAAAGGGGGGAAAGGGGGAGCAGCCGCUAGGAACGACAGUGCUGACAAGAAGACUCAGGGUCCUAAAGGUGGUGGCAAUGCAGUAAAGGUCAGACACAUUCUUUGUGAAAAACACAGCAAAAUCAUGGAAGCCAUGGAAAAGUUAAAGUCUGGAAUGAGAUUCAAUGAAGUGGCUGCACAAUAUAGUGAAGAUAAAGCCAGGCAAGGGAUUCCCAGCCUGCAGCAACAUGCUGGUCACCAUAGAGACCUGAGAAGCACCCUCAGCUCAUUGGUAUCAUAUUUACAAACCAACCCUUAAAGUGGAUUAUUUUGCAGAUGGCUGAUCUCAUCUAUUCAGUGUUGAUUCUAUUAGUUCCAAUUUCAGAAGGUGACAUUUUCUGACUUUGUCCCCUUAAGCACAAGCGAAAACUAUGGAUUUUUGUUUUUGUUUUCAGAAGAGAAAAAGUACAAGGUGUGCUUGGGAAACAGUGGGAAAACAGACAAAUGGAGGGGAUGGUUUGUAGGGGAAUGGCAGGAUGAACCUC